AUGACCAAAAGCAAACUUGGGUUCUUUUUAGAAAUGAAAUCAACAUCAGGUUUACCUACCAAAUGUAAAAUGUAUUCGAUGUUUAAUAUUAGUAAACAAUUGAUAAAGCAUUGUAAAUCAGAUUUAUCUCGAGAUAUCAGAUUUAUUUCAUCAUCAAAUAGAUUUUUAAAUAAUUUUAGAUUCUUUAGUAGUAGUAGUAGUAAUAGUAAGAGUUUUAGUGAUAAAAUGGCAAAUGUUACAGUAUUCCCAGAUAUUGAUACUGCCACUGCACAGAUCUUGAUUGUCGAUGAACAGACAAAGAACUGUGCAAUUCUCGACUCGGUUCUCAACUAUGCCGCUGCCUCUGGAAAGACGAGCACAACAUCGAUCGAUAAGAUCUUGGCUGUCGUCGAGGAGAAGGGUUACACAGUCCAAUGGAUCCUAGAGUCACACAUCCACGCCGACCACUUGUCAGCCUCCUACUACAUCAAGUCAAAGUACCCACAGGCCAAAACAGCCAUUGGUGAAGGUGCACGUACCGUACAAAAGAUAUUCAAACACAUCUUUAACCUCGAACACUCAUUCCCUGUUGAUGGAAGUCAAUUCGAUGUUCUUUGGAAAGAUGGUGAUAAAUUCCAAAUUGGUAAUCUAAAUGUUAGUGUUAUUCAUACUCCAGGACAUACACCAGCAUGUGUUUCAUAUUAUAUUGAGAACGAUUGUAUAUUUGUUGGUGAUACUAUCUUUAUGCCGGAUGUUGGUACCGCCAGAUGCGACUUCCCAGAGGGUUCGGCCGUUACUUUGUUUGAAUCGAUGCAAAAGAUUCUCGCAUUGCCAGAGGCCACCAAGAUCUAUGUCUGUCACGACUACCCACCAGCUGGAAGAGAGCUCAACUACCUUACCACUGUUGGUGAGCAACGAAAGAGAAACAAACACGUCAAGGAUGGAAUCAGUAGAGAGGAAUUCAUCGAAAUGAGAACUGCAAGAGAUGCCACCCUCAAAGCACCAAAUCUCUUGCUUCCAUCGAUCCAAGUAAACAUCAGAGCCGGUGAACUUCCAAAACCAGAAGACAACGGAAUCGCCUACAUUAAAAUACCACUCAACUAUUUGAAACAGUAA